AUGGAGAAAUUGAAUAUGGAAGUGGCUUCAGGAUCGUCGACGAGGAGGCAAAAUUCUGUUCGGAGAUUUUGUAUUUGUGGCUUCCCGGUGAGUAUAACGCAAGAUGAUGGUAUAAAUUGGCAAAAACAAGCUUUUCUUGAUGCCCGUGAUGGGAUUCGAGAGAAGACUAGAGUGAUUGAGAAGAUAACUAAAACCAUCUCAAAAAUGAAAAUCAAUUUUGAGAACAAAGAGACAGUGGAUGACAAAAAUGAAGAUGAGAUUGGUAGAGAGUUUGAAGAAUUUUAUCUUUAA